AUGUCCUUCCGAGGCGGGUCUCGCGGUGGUGGUCGCGGAGGGUCUGGCGGCUUCCGUGGUGGACGAGGAGGAGGAUUCCAGCAGAGGGACAUGGGUCCUCCGGCGCAGGUCCUGGAAAUGGGCAAAUUCAUCCACGCCUGCGAAGGCGAAAUGGUCUGCGAAUCAAUCAACCCCAAAGUCCCGCACUUCAACGCCCAAAUCUUCCUCGAGAACAAGACGGCCGUCGGCAAGGUCGACGAGGUCCUCGGCCCCAUCAACCAGGUCUUCUUCACCAUCAAGCCCUCCGAGGGCAUCCAGGCCGCCUCCUUCAAGGAGGGCGACAAGUUCUACAUUGCCCCCGAGAAGCUCCUGCCCCUCGACAAGUUCCUGCCCAAGCCCAAGCCCCCUCCCGGCGCCCCCAAGCCCAAGCGCGCCGGCGGCGGCUCCUCUCGCGGUGGUCCUAGGGGCGGUGGCCGCGGAGGCUUCUCUCGUGGUGGACGCGGUGGUCCCGGCGGUGGUCGCGGUGGGUUCUCGCGCGGCGGCGGCGCUGGCGGUCGCGGUGGUCGCGGUGGAAGCGGCGGCUUCUCCCGGGGCGGCGGUGGUGGCGGUAGGGGACGCGGCGGCUUCAGCAGAGGAGGCCGCUUCUAA